AUGAUCUCUUGCCUUCUAUUCCUAAGGAUUCCAAAUGAGGAUAUUAAUGUUCCAAAAACUAUCUUAACGAAAGAGGGAGUCAAAAUCAAAGACUAUGUACCGGAAGAACAAUAUAACACUUACAAGCCAUAUGCUGACAAGUUUGCUGAUAAAAGUUCAAAGAUUAGACCAUUACUUGCUGAUUUAAUGAAAAAGUUUUCUGAAGAAUAUGGCUCUAAAGAAAUAGAAACGAUCUACAAUUCCAAUGUUAAAAUGUAUGUAGAAAAUACUACUGCUGUUUCAGAGAUAUUAAAGUCAUUUGAGCUCGAAAGUGAAUUCUUUGCUGAUUGUAUCAAAUACUGGCCACAUGUAGAAAGAAUACUUAAAUUAUUGAAGUAUGAUUCUAAGAAGAUCAAGCCAAUAGUUGAAGAUUUGUCCAAAGCUACUUCAAAAACAACAUUCAAAGAUAUUGCAGAAGCAUUUGAGCUACCGACAGAAUGGUUUUAUUACAUGGGUGAAGCUGCGAAAGGAGUAAUGACAACUGACACAUUUUCAAUUAGAGACUGUAUUGCUCACCUCUUCAUAGAUAGUGGUGACUUCUUCAAACUCCUUGAAAAACUCGUAGAUGUAGUCAAAGAUGAUAAAGUUACAUUAGAUGAACUUGUCGAAACAAUUAAUUCUGCAAUUACAGCAGCACAAGCUGCGUUCUAUGGAGUCAGGAAGAUAACAGCAAGCGGAUUAGUUCUCGCAUUAACUCCAAUAGAACAUGUUUUGCCAAAAUCAAAAUCAGAAGUUGAAGAGAUGAUUGAUAACUAUAUUGCAAUCAUCGAUGAAGCUCGCAAAGAUUCAAAUCUUCCAGAAGAUUUUUUGGAAGGGAUUAAAUCUGAAAAUUCAUCAUAUGGCCAAAUUUAUACAUUAUGCAAACAGGCAAAGAAAGAUUCAUAUUUCACAAUUCCUGAAGAGGAUGUUAUAAUAUUCAAGAAGCUUGUUACAUAUUUAGAUCCUCAGACUCCAGCAAUGGGUUUUGUGAUGCCAACAUUUGGAAAAUAUUCCAUUUUUAAUGUCCUUUACCAAGGAAAUCUUUCUAUUUUAAAUGGAAUUCAAGACUUAAUAUCACGUGAUUACAACCCAGAAGAAACCAAACCCACACCAGAAGAAACUGAACCCACACCAGAAGAAACUGAACCUGAACCAACAGAAUCUAAACGUAAGCUUCAAGAAACUGAACAAGAAUCAGAGGAAAUUGUUUACAACCCAGAAGAAACUCUUAAGGAAAUUAAGAAAUAUAGAACUGAUGAGGCUUUAUUUACUAGUAUAUCACUUGAUGAUUUGUUGACAGCUAUAUUUGGUAUUGAUCUCCCACUUCCAGAAUUAACAGUUACAAUCAAUGAUUUAGUUAAAAGUUCCGGAGUUGAUCCAUUUGACAAGGAGACAUUCACAAACACAAUGAAGGCAAUAAAGAGCAUAUUUGCAGACCAUGAUGAUAUUUUCAUGACAAUUGGUAAAUUUGCAGAGGAAAUAUUUGGAAAGUUACAAAAACUUGAUAUUGAAAAAGCUACUGUUGAAGAUUUCAUUAAAUGCAUCACAUAUGGCGAUGAAAUUAUUUCAUAUCUUAAAGCUUGUAACGAGUUUAAAGAAAAAGGAGCAGAAAUGGGUGAUGUUGUACUUCUAGGAAUCAAUGUUAAAUCAUCACUUGAAGCUAUUAGCAAGCUUGAAAAAGCUACAAUAAAUGCAGUUCUCGAUGCAAUCAAAACAUCUACAGAUGAAGGAAAGAAGCUUGUUGCUAAUGUUAAAAAGUCUCUUGAUUCUCUUGCAGUAACAACAUCAGCUGAUGAUCUCAUCAAAACCCUCGAUAAUGAAAAGAUAACAAAUACAUAUAAGUUCUACCAAGAAGUUAUGGUUCCUAUUGUUGGCACUAGCACUGAUUAUUUCAAACUUCUUACAAACAUGGAUAUGUCAGAGACACAUUUCCUUCUUCAUGAUUUAGUUAAAGAGGGCGCUUCAGGAAAAAUCAGUUUCGAAACAGUUGCAAAAGUCGGAGAAUCCACAUCAGAUUUAAAGGACGGCCUUGCGAAGGAAGCUAAAAGAGGUGGUCUUAGCGCAGGAGCAAUAGCUGGUAUUGUUAUCGCCUGCUUAAUUAUAGUUGCAAUAAUAGUAGCUGUAUGCGUUUAUUUCUUCGUCAUCAAGCCAAAAUCAGAUGGCGGAAAUGACGAAGAAAACAAGGAUGAAGAACAAGUUUAA